AUGGGCCGUAUCUUUCUACAGCAUAUAGGAGGCUCACGCCUUUUUACAUGUGGCAAUUGUAACAUACCUCUAACCAACAGAGCAGAGCUGAUUUCUACACGCUUUACAGGUGCUACGGGAAGAGCAUUUCUAUUCAACCGAGUGGUGAACCUACAGUACAGUGAGGUUCAAGACCGGGUCAUGCUGACAGGACGCCACAUGGUUCGAGAUGUGUCCUGCAAGUUCUGCAACUCCAAGUUAGGUUGGAUAUAUGAAUUUGCAACUGAAGAAAACCAGAGAUAUAAAGAAGGAAGAGUUAUUUUGGAGAGGGCUUUGGUACACGAAGUAGAUGGUCUGAAUGAGCCUACUGUGAAUGAUAGUUGA